AUCUUUUUAGUAACCAUUUUCUCUUUUUUUUCUUCUAUUUUCUUAAACCACCACUUGUGUUUAUGAGAAAACAAAAGGAAACAUGUAUUUCUAAUGGGUCUCUGAGCGGUGAAGAAUGCGAGAGUGGAAUCAAAGUGGAGAGGGAGUUAGCAGCGAGGGUGCUAAACUGAAAGAACUGUGGUGUUGUUUCGUAGGAAAUGGAAGGCAGCUUUGAACAGACCCUUCAAGAUGGAAAGCUUUAUAGACAAGUCAAUUCUCUCAUUGUCGCUCAUCUUCGCGAUCACAACCUCACCCAGGCUGCAAGUGCUGCUGCUUCAGCUACAAUGACACCGCUGAAUGUUGAUGCUCCACCUAAUAGGCUUAUGGAGCUCGUUGCAAAGGGUCUUGCGGUGGAGAAAGAUGAGAUGUUAAGAGGGAAUCCUGCUUCUGCAUUGUAUGAAUUUGGUUCAUCAGUGCCCACUACAUUUGGAUCUACACCGGGCUCUCGUGCUUCUGCCAUCGACUUCAGCGCUGCACAGGAUACAAAAGGUUCGUCAAAGAAUUUUCCAAAGCAUGAGACUCGACAUCUUUCAGAGCAUAAGAAUGUCGCCAGAUGUGCAAGAUUCAGUGCUGAUGGGAGAUUUGUUGCAACUGGAAGCGCAGAUAUGUCAAUAAAGCUGUUUGAAGUGGCAAAGAUCAAGCAGAUGAUGCUGCCAGAUUCGAAAGAUGGUCCUGUCCGACCUGUUAUAAGGACAUUUUAUGAUCAUAUUCAACCAAUAAAUGAUUUAGAUUUUCAUCCUCAGAAUACUGUUCUUGUAUCUGGUGCAAAAGAUCACACAAUAAAGUUCUUUGACUUCUCCAAAUUGACUGCAAAGAAAGCAUUUAGAGUUAUCCAGGAUACCCAUAACGUGCGUUCUAUAUCUCUUCAUCCUUCAGGAGAUUAUCUCUUAGCAGGAACGGAUCAUCCGAUUGCCCACCUAUACGAUGUCAAUACUUUUCAGUGUUUUCUAUCUGCAAAUGUUCCAGAAAUAGGAAAUAAUGGAGCCAUAAAUCAGGUCAGGUAUUCAGCAACAGGCAGUAUGUAUGUCACUGCUUCAAAAGACGGUGCAGUUCGUUUAUGGGAUGGUGUGAGUGCAAAAUGUCUUCGCUCCAUUGUUAAUGCACAUGGCACAGCGGAGGCAACCAGUGCAAAAUUUACAAAGGAUGAAAGGUGAGCUUGCAACAAUCAU